AUGAGGUGCCACGCUUACGCACUGGGCUUCAUCGCCCUUCUCGCCGUAUCCCAAGUGUACGCAGAAGACGUCAUUGAGGAAACGAAGAAGUCCGAAGACUCAGGAAAUGAGGACACAAUCAAACUUGACGGUCUUUCUGUUGCACAAAUCAAGGAACUGAGAUCGAAAGCGGAGAAACAUGAAUUCCAGGCUGAGGUUAACCGUAUGAUGAAAUUGAUUAUCAAUUCGUUGUAUCGCAACAAGGAAAUUUUCCUUCGUGAAUUGAUUUCUAAUGCUUCCGAUGCUCUUGACAAGAUUCGACUCCUCUCUCUUACUGACCCUGAUCAACUUAGAGAGACCGACGAACUCAGCAUUCGCAUCAAGGCUGAUCGCGAGAAUAGAUUGUUGCAUAUUACCGAUACCGGAGUUGGUAUGACUCGCCAGGAUCUUAUUAACAACCUUGGAACAAUCGCCCGAUCGGGAACUUCCGAAUUUCUUUCGAAGCUCAUGGACUCAUCUACUUCCGCUGAUCAACAACAAGAUCUUAUUGGACAAUUCGGAGUUGGAUUCUACGCGGCUUUCUUGGUUGCUGAUCGUGUUGUUGUUACCACGAAGCACAAUGAUGAUGAUCAAUACAUUUGGGAGUCUGACUCGGCUAGUUUCUCGAUCACCAAGGAUCCAAGAGGACCAACCCUCAAACGCGGAACCCAGAUCACAUUGUACUUGAAGGAAGAGGCCGCCGAUUUCUUGGAGCCAGAUACCCUUAAGAACCUUGUCCACAAAUACUCGCAAUUUAUCAACUUCGACAUCUACUUGUGGCAAUCGAAGACUGAAAUGGUUGAGGAAACAGUUGAAGAGGAAGCGCCAAAGGAGGACGGAGCUGUCGAGGAAGAGAAGGAAGAGAAGAAAACCAAGAAGGUCGAGAAGACCACAUGGGAUUGGGAGAAAGUCAACAAUGUUAAGCCAAUCUGGAUGAGAAAGCCAAGCCAAGUUGAGGAGGAUGAAUACAAACAAUUUUACAAGUCGGUCACCAAGGACACCGAAGAGCCACUUUCCCAUGUGCAUUUCAACGCCGAAGGAGAAGUUUCAUUCCGAUCGAUUCUCUAUGUUCCGAAGAAAUCACCUAACGACAUGUUCCAGAAUUACGGAAAGGUUGUUGAAAAUAUCAAACUUUACGUUCGCCGUGUCUUCAUCACUGAUGAUUUCGCCGAUAUGAUGCCGAAGUAUUUGUCUUUCAUCCGUGGUAUUGUGGAUUCUGACGAUCUUCCACUAAAUGUUUCCCGUGAAAACCUUCAACAGCACAAACUUCUUAAGGUUAUCAAGAAGAAGCUCGUCCGUAAAGUUCUUGAUAUGCUCAAGAAACUAGAUGGCGCCCAAUUCGAAGAAUUCUGGAAGGAGUUCAGUACCAAUAUCAAGCUCGGAGUUAUGGAAGACCCAAGCAACCGCAUGCGUCUUGCCAAACUUUUGCGAUUCCAAUCCUCCAACGAUGCUGAGCAGCUCACUUCUCUGGCCGCUUACGUUGAACGCAUGAAGGAGAAACAGGAUGCAAUCUAUUAUAUGGCUGGAUCGUCAAGAAAGGAGGUUGAGGGCUCGCCAUUCGUCGAGCGUCUCAUCGCCAAGGGAUACGAAGUUCUCUACUUGACCGAGGCUGUCGAUGAGUACUGCAUCCAGGCAAUGCCAGAGUUUGAGGGAAAGAAGUUCCAGAACGUUGCUAAGGAAGGAGUCAACAUUGACGAUGGUGAGAAGGCCAAAGAAGCUCACAAGGCUCUCGAGGAAGAAUUCAAGCCAUUGACUGACUGGCUCAAGGAGACCGCCCUUAAGGAUCAAAUUGAGAAGGCUGUUGUCUCUCAAAGACUUGUCAAAUCCCCAUCGGCUUUGGUUGCUUCUAGCUAUGGAUGGUCUGGAAACAUGGAGAGAAUCAUGAAAAGCCAGGCGUAUGCCAAGGCUAAGGACCCAACUCAAGAUUUCUAUGCUUCCCAGAAGAAGACCUUCGAGAUCAACCCACGUCAUCCAGUCGUCAAGGAGUUGCUCAAGAGAGUAAGCGCAGACUCUGAUGACCAAACCGCCAUCAGCACUGCCAAACUUCUUUUCGAGACUGCUACUCUCCGAUCCGGAUUUAGCCUUCAAGAUCAGGUUGGAUUUGCUGAACGUAUUGAAAAUGUUCUUCGUCAAUCUCUCGAUGUGUCUGCUGAUGCUCAAGUCGAAGCUGAGCCAGUGUUCGAGGAAGAAGCUGCUGAGGAGAACCCAUCUACCGAAGAAGCCACCAUUGAGGAAGAACACUCUGAACUCUAA